CUCUUUCUAUCUUCUCUAAAAAAUAAAAAUGGCCAUUCACCACUGGCGCGCACACUGCGGCCGAGUGCACUUAGUUCCACCGGUGUUGAUAAACAGGCGGCAAUAAAACGGCUCGCAACGAUCUAAUCGUAUUCUCGACGUUCUGAAGUAUCGACAACACUUGACAGAAACGGAUCAACGACGGCGUCGACCGUGGAAAAGGUCAGGGAAGGCGCGGCGACGGCGACCCUGGCCGAGGAGCGGCGUCCCCGGGCUCACAGUGGCGACGACGAGCGCGGCAACGUUGAGGUUAUGGACAACUUCGUGAAAAUCGAGAAGAUAGGGGAAGGAACGUACGGGGUGGUCUACAAAGCUCGGGACAAACUGACUGGGAAGCUGGUGGCACUCAAGAAAAUUCGUCUAGAGACGGAAAGAGAAGGCGUUCCAUCUACCGCUAUUAGGGAGAUAUCCUUAUUAAAAGACCUCGCUCAUCCAAACAUCAUACAGUUGUUCGAUGUCGUAGACGGCGAUAAUCAUCUGUACCUCGUAUUUGAAUUUCUGCAGCAGGAUUUGAAAAAGCUGUUAGACUCCGUUAAAGGGGGCUUAGAACCAGCUCUCGUCAAGAGCUACCUCUGCCAAUUGCUGAAGGCAAUUUCCUUCUGCCAUCUCCGUUGUAUAUUGCACAGAGACUUAAAACCGCAGAACCUAUUGAUAGAUCGAGAGGGUCAUAUUAAACUGGCCGACUUCGGAUUGGCCAGAAUGAUCGGUGUACCCGUUCGCACUUAUACUCACGAGGUUGUCACACUUUGGUAUCGCGCACCAGAGGUUCUACUAGGAACUAAAUUGUACACCUGUGCGUUAGACAUAUGGAGUCUCGGUUGUAUAUUUGCGGAAAUGGCAACCAGGAGAGCUCUGUUUCCCGGAGACUCCGAAAUAGAUCAGUUAUUUAGAAUAUUUCGCAUGCUCGGUACGCCAGACGAAACGAUCUGGCCGGGGGUGUCACAGCUUCCAGACUACACAUCUAGAUUCCCAAGAUGGGAGGCGUCUAACAUAGACGACAUUUUACCGACUUUUGAUGACGAUGCCAAAGACUUAAUUUCAAAAAUGCUGACAUACGAUCCUAAUCAGAGGAUAACGGCAAAAAGAGGAUUGACUCAUCCUUAUUUCGCUGGGAUUAAAUUAGUUCCACCUCCACUGCCAAAAAAAUACUAAUGUAGAUUUAUAUGACCAAUUGAAUUUACUGUAUUUUUAUAGGUUUUUACAUGAAACUUAAAUGCGAAAUAAUUUUGGAUGGAGAUAACUUUAUACUGCGAAUGUGUGUUCGAUACUAUCGAUCUAAAAAUACGAUAUAAUUUAAAUAUAUUUUUACUAUAAAUCUCACGUAUAUAUUAAUUUUUGAUUUGUCGAUAUCAUUUGUCUUUCAUAUCCUUUUCAUCCAUUUUCCAUUUAUUGCACAAUGACGUAUGGAGUUAAAUUACAUUUUUCAAUAAUUAUAUAUUGCAUAUAGCUCUUUAUUUAGAUAUAGUUUCCCAAAUUGUGCGUGUGUGGUUUUAAAAGAUAAAUUAUUAAUUCAUAAUCAAGCCAUUGAAAAUGUCUUAAAAAAUACCUGAUU